CCGGCGUAUUAGUCAGUGCAAAAUAUUUUAACAAACUAACAACAAUGUAUCGUAUAGUACUUUCAUACAUUGCACACAUUUGUUUAUUCAAAGCAGUAUUAUCCAAAGAUCUUGACAACAUAAUCAUUGUUUUUUCUUCCGGCGCUAUUACAGCGACUCAAGUACCGAAUGAAUUAAGAAUUUAUUACCAUCACCCUGAUUUUGUUAAAGGGGAUACUUUGAGAGUUUAUGAUGUCGAGCCUAAGUCUUGGCGACAGGCAAAACCGAGAUUCGUGAAAAAAAUAAAAAGAGUUAGUGCCUUUGUGAGAACUGGUCUGCGAGCACCACCGCCCUUUGGAAUGGAUAAAUAUUACGCAAUGAUCAUCCGGAAUGAUACCUCUCUAAAGCGUUACAGCGAUCCGGGACGAUUCCAUUGGAUGGAAGAUCGUAAAGCUUUGAUACAAAAUUUGAGUCUGCCUAAUCUUUUCAUCCCCGGUACCCAUGAUUCUGGGUCGUACCAGCGACCUGGUAAAGAUGGAAUUAUCAAGAAUCUUACUGCAAAUUGGGCCAUUUGCCAGGACGCAUCAAUUUUCGAGCAAUUGGAAUCAGGCGUCCGAUUCCUUGACAUAAGGCCCGCGUGCCGGAAGGUGAGAGGUUCCUGUAAAACAUAUUAUGUUAACCAUGGACCUGUACAAAUGGUCCCCAUGAGUCAAGUUAUUCAUGAUGUUGACCUGUUCUUGAACAUAACUAAAGAAAUAGUGAUCCUUUCCGUGAAGCAAUUUCCAAGUGGUUUUGACAAUGAGAAGGAUCACAGGCGCUUCAUGAAAUAUUUAAAGGACGAAUUGAGUCGUCAUAUUUUCAAACACUCAAGUGCUGAAACGGGCUGGAAAACUCCGUUGAGUAAUUACUGGUCGGAGAAUAAGAGAUUAAUCAUAUCGUACACUGAUAAGAACUAUCUGGAUUCGGAAACUUUCUGGCCCGGGAUAGAACAACGAUGGUGCAACUGUCGUGAUUUUUCAACUCUCCAUGACUUCCUUGAGUCUCCAGCUAAGUGGAACUCGACUGUAGUCCCCGUAGCAGACAUGGCUGAAUUAACUCAUAAUGUAGGAAGCGUUGUGACGGAUCUCACACCGUUGACAGACAAUAGUAUACGUGCCUGGGCAGAUGAAGCUGGGGAGUUCAUUCCGGAAUGGUAUCACGAGGAAUUUAAUGCAUCUGCUAAUAUUGUUGCAGUUGAUUUUCUUCAUGCCAGUGGAAUCGUGGAUCUUGCUAUAUGGUGGAAUGAAAAAAGGGCCCUACGGUCUGGCCGUUAAGGGAAAAAUGGAGUAGACAUUGAGUUAUAUUUGAUGCUUCCACGAAAUUCUGAAUUUUUAUUUCCAAGAUGUUAUGAAAUUUCAGUACAAUUUUGCAGCAGAGUAGAGUGAAAUAUGUCCUGUGACCGUCGUCACCCCCUGAAGCAGUGGAAUAAAUAUAUUCAGUCGAACGAAAUAUAAAAUCUCACGAGACUGUUGAUGAAAACUUUCUGUUGUCCACAAGUAAAUUACUUUAACACAAUAAAAGACGUCUGCAGACGUCUUCUUCUAAUGA